AUGGAGGAUGAGACUAUCAUAACGAACACUGAUACAUUGUAUCCAGUACUGCUUAUACCUAAGAAGUGCACUACAUUGGAGACGAAUUGUGAGGCAGCGGAUAAUGUGUUCAUAGAUUUAAACAUAACCUCCCCGGACACUGAAGGUAAUGAGACUUGUAUUUAUUCGGGGUUCUGCAACGUUAAACUGAUAGAUAGUUAUGAUGUAAACAUCAACGAGGGAGAUUCCAGUCAAUCAUCAGACUCCAAGGACGAGCAGAUCCCUGUGAUAGUGAGUGAGGCUGCUCAAGAUCCUACCUUCAACCAAUCCCAAGUAUGGAUAGACCCGGCCAGAAGCCCGUAUGUUUACAACAACUACGACGCGGUGGAGUCCCAAGAACAUUACUCAGUGUACAGUCAAACCCUAUCAAGCCACAUAACAGUAGAACAACACAAUACGUACAUAACUCAGAAUGUGUACAACUACAAAGAACAAGUACCAUACUCGCCGGUCGAGGAAUUCGGACAUAAGAAAUUCAGAAAAAAUCAUGGGAAUGAAAUAAAUCAUGACUUAUAUGAGGAUGAUGAGUUUGAAUGCGGCGUUCUACUGUCUCAAUUGCCAGAGGAAAUCUUGAAUGAGAAAGAGAAUAAAGCGAGAGAGGAAUUGAUGUACAUUAAUCUUCAAAGUGAGAAUGAUGCUCUGAAGCAAUUGAUGUCUUCCGAUAUACAAUCUUUGUCCAAGCAACAGAAGACUAUUAUGUACCUGGGUCACGACUCUCAUUAUGGACAGACAGUUCAAAAAAUUGCAGUCAACGAUCCCUCUUUGGAGUGCAAUGGAGUUGGUAAUGAAGUCAUUAUAGAAAGCACUCAGCCUAAUCAUAAGAAGUAUCAAUGUGAUAAAUGCAAGCAAUAUUUUGAUCAAAUAACAACUUUCAAACAACACAUGGUCGGUAACCAUAAGAUUACAAAGGAGUUAUUCCGACCGAAUCCCAUUAGAGAAAUGAAAUUCAUGUGUACCGAAUGUGGAAAACAUUUAAAGAAUCAGAAGAAAUUUGAACUGCACUGUCUUGGCCACGGUAACCCUGAUUUAGAGUGUAACAAAUGCCACAAAGUGUUCGCAUCAAAGUUCACACUAAGAAAUCAUUUAAAAAUACACCAAAGAAAAUUCCCUUGUAUGUAUUGUACUAAGACUUACUCAAGUUCCAAGGAACUGAGGUCGCAUAAGGCUAAGAUACAUUUCAUUUUCAUGUGCGAUAUUUGUGAUUACACAGCAACAAAGUAUCCGGAUCUAGAGGAACACAAACAAACACACACAAAUGAAGUAGAUUUGAGUGAUUCAGAUUUCACUCUGUCACUCAACGGUGAUAUGAUAAGCGAUAGUGGCAGUCUUUCACCCUCCACCGAAGAUUAUGUCAUAAGAUCCGAGGACUUCGAACAGAAAUUGGAUGAAAUUAAAAAAGCCGAUUCCGUGAUCGCUAAGGUGAUGUCGAAUAAAAUGUUUCUGCUCCACACUAAAAGGGCGCGAAGAGAUAAAAAAUGUAAAAAAACUUGCAACGUGUGUUUGAAGACCUUCGAUCGUAUCGGCGACCUCAAAAGGCAUCUCAUAGAGCACGUAAUUAGAAGCACCCUGGCAAAAACUCCAGUCAACAAAAACGGUACGCUUACAAUACAAUGUGAAGUCUGUCAGGUCGAGAAUUUCACUAAAAUCGACAAAUACAAAGCUCAUUUACGCGAACACGCGAAACUCACCUUAUAUAAAUGCACAUUCUGUGACAAAUCCUUCAGCGAUUCGAGCAACUUUUCUAAGCACAAGAAAAUUCACGGCACAACAUUCUUCCAAUGCGAUCUCUGUCAAAGGAAAUUCAACUCCAAAAAGAUGAUAGCACAACACAUGGAAUAUCACAAUAACAAUUCUCCAAUCCCUUGCCCCUACUGUGAUAAAGAGUUUCAUUUUCCUUCGAUGUUGAAUAAACAUGUCAAAUGUGUUCACAAUAGAGAGAUGUCCAGAUUUAGGUGUAGAUUCUGUCAUGAAUAUUUUAAAACGCUUAAAGAUAAAUGGGAUCACGAAUGGAGAGUACAUAACGUUAGGAAGAUUAUCGUGGACUGUUUGAUUUGCGGUUCGAAGUUUCGAAAGUAUUCAGAGUUAAAAAGACAUUGUACGGACAUUCACGGUUUGGAUAUACCUCCCGCCAAAAAGUUGCUGCGUAAACGGAGAUUAUUGUAG